CCCAGUCCCUCGAAUCGCCCAUGGUUCACAGCCGGGGACCAGAAUACGCCCUGCUCAGCGGCGACAGGCCCAAGGACGAUGCCACCGGACACGCAUUCAGGACCGCUCCUGUCUUCACAGGGGAUGCCUUGGACGCGCUGGGCCCGGCUGUGCUCCCGCAGCGCGCCGUGUACGGGCGCGUCGUGAGCCAGAGGGCAGACGGGUUUCCGAGCAGCCCGGUGUCGCCCGUGCUGUACAUCAACACGAACGCGCCGUUCAGCGGACUCGUAUGCGGACUUCAGGGCUCCGGAAAGAGUCACUCUACAUCCGUGCUGCUGGAGAGCUGCCUGAUGUCGGACCCUAGGCUUGGCACCCUGCCGGAGCCGCUUAGCGCGCUCGUGUUCCACUUUGACACUGCUGCAGGCGGCGGGGCGGUGCAGCCGUGCGAGGCCGCGUACCUUUCGAUGCUCGACCCGCAGAAUGGCGGCGAUGCUGUGGCACCUACGGUGACCGUCCUGGUAUUGCCUUCGAAUAUACGGGCAAUGAGACGGGUCUAUGCUAAACUGCCUGCCGUCCGAGUUGAGCCUCUCCACUUCUCGCCAGAGGACAUCAGUGGUGAGCGCCUGCUUGCAAUGAUGAGGGUCGAGGAAAACGGGCAGAUGCCUCUGUACAUGGAGGCCGUCAUGACGAUUCUUCGCUCCAUGGAGGACAGCUUCGACUACACGAAGUUUCGCGAAGAGCUCGGUGCACAGUCAUUUAGUGGGACCCAGAAAUCGAUGCUCAAGCUGCGUUUGUCACUCCUGGACUCGUGCCUCAAGGAUGGAAAUGCGUCGAAUCGAGUUUCCACUCGCUUCAAGAAAGGCCACCUAACCAUCAUCGACCUGUCGUCACCAUUCAUGGACGGAUCGUCUGCCUGCGGUUUCUUCGACCUCAUUCUGGGCCUGUUUGUCGAGGCCGACGUGAAAGCGUCUGGCAAGGUCUACCUAUCCGAUGCACAGUCCGGCGCGUCGUCGCGCCUGACGGACUCGCUGCUGACGAUCAUCCGGCAGUACCGCCACCUGGGCACGCGCGUGCUCGUCUCGACGCAGGAGCCGACGGUCGUGCCGGCCAAGCUACUCGCGCUAUGCUCGUUCAUCGUUGCACACCGCUUCCAGUCGCCCGAGUGGCUGCGUGCGCUGACGCGGCACGUUGCGGUGCCCGAGCGCAACCUCGACGCGCUCUUCGCCAAGGUGCGCGCCUGCUGCUCUGCUCUUUUUCUUUUUCUUCCUUCUUCGGUUUUGGUGGAUGAGCUUGGUGGACGGUGA